GAAGUCUAGUUUCCUGAAGCCAGAACUACAGACCUCCUACUGCUGGUGACUAGCUGAUCAGGAACAGGAAGUCUAGUUUCCUGAAGCCAGAACUACAGACCUCCUACUGCUGGUGACUAGCUGAUCAGGAACAGGAAGUCUAGUUUCCUGAAGCCAGAACUACAGACCUCCUACUGCUGGUGACUAGCUGAUCAGGAACAGGAAGUCUAGUUUCCUGAAGCCAGAACUACAGAGCUCCUACUGCUGGUGACAAGCUGAUCAGGAACAGGAAGUCUGGUUUCCUGAAGCCAGAACUACAGGCCUCCUACUGCUGGUGACUAGCUGAUCAGGAACAGGAAGUCUGGUUUCCUGAAGCCAGAACUACAGACCUCUUACUGCUGGUGACUAGCUGAUCAGGAACAGGAAGUCUAGUUUCCUGAAGCCAGAAUUACAGACCUCUUACUGCUGGUGACGAGCUGAUCAGGAACAGGAAGUCUAGUUUCCUGAAGCCAGAACUACAGGCCUCCUACUGCUGGUGACUAGCUGAUCGGGAACAGGAAGUCUAGUUUCCUGAAGCAAGAACUACAGACCUCCUACUGCUGGUGACUAGCUGAUCAGGAACAGGAAGUCUAGUUUCCUGAAGCCAGAACUACAGACCUCCUACUGCUGGUGACAAGCUGAUCAGGAACAGGAAGUCUGGUUUCCUGAAGCCAGAACUACAGGCCUCCUACUGCUGGUGACUAGCUGAUCAGGAACAGGAAGUCUAGUUCACAUGCCUGUGAAAGGUAGUCUUCUAAUGUUGUGGACAUCUUCCUUCAUAAACUACGCUGGCUCCUUGUAUAAUGGAUCAUCUCUCUAUGUAAAAACCAUUGUAUCCAUAACGGUGGGUGUGUUCCACACAGCGCUAUCCUCCACUUGUCACAUUAUGAGACAUCCAGGACACUUAAUGAAAACAUUCCCUGGUGUUAUUUUCCAGCAGCAACUGACCGUUUCAAUUAUACUUCCCCUGUGAGAAAAGGGCUUGUGUCCUUCACCAGGUCUUUGUUCAGUUUCGUAGUCUGAAUUGGUGUUACAUGACUUGACUUGUAGGUUUGGUAUGUGAGGCUAUUGAUUUUGUUUAGUAACAAAUAUUUCCAUGAUUGAUAGUGAUUUUCAAAAUAGUAAUUGUCAUUCUUUGUUUUAUUUUUUUGUGAUGUUUAAUUUCACUAUAUCACCUGAAGUUUAGAUGCAGUCACCUGAAGUGUAGAUGCAGUCAUACAGUCCUUGUAGAAAGUCUACAGCCCCCUUGGAUUUAUUCCCAUUUUAAUGUGUUAUAAAGUGGGAUAAAAAAUUAUACUUUUUUGUUUUAUGUCAGCAAGCUACACAAAACACACAAAGAUGAAUGAAAAAUAAAACAUCUUGAUUAGAUCAAAUAAAUAAUUAAACGCCAUCUACACACAAUACAACAAAGUGAAAACAUGUUUGUAGAACAUUUAGUAAAUGUAUUGAAAAUGAAAUACGGAAAUAUCUCAUUUACGUAAGUAUUCACACUGCUGAGUCAAUACUUUGUAGAAGCACCAUUGGCAGCGAUUACAGCUGUGAGGCUUUCUGGGUAAGUCUCAUUAAAGCUCUCCACACCUGAAUUGUGCAACAUUUGCCCAUUCUUUUUUUCAAUGUGUUGUCAAGUCAUUCCAUAGAUUUUCAAGCAGAUUGUAACUUGGCCAAUCAGGAACAUUCACUGUCUUGGUAAACUACUCCGCUGUAGAUUUGGCUUUGUGUUGUGGGUUAUUGUCCUGCUGAAAAGUGAAUUCAUCUCCCAGUGUCUGGUGGAAAGCAGACUGAAGCAGGUUUUCCUCUAGGAUUUUGCCUACACUUAGCGCCAUCCCAUUUCUUUUCAUCCUGAAAAAUGUACCAGUAUUUGCCGAUGUCAAGCAUACCCAUAACAUGAUGCAGCCACUACUGUGCUUGAAAAUAAGGAGGCAGUUACUCAGUGAUGUGUUGUUGGAUUUUCCUCAAACAUAAGGCUUUGCAUUCAGGCCAAAAUGUGUCUUUGCCAUGUUUGGACUUUCUAUAGGCACUGUAUAUAUUUAUAAAAUAUGAAGCUUUAUAGAACUAUAAUAAAUCCUUGCCACCGUGCUUCUGCAACGCUUGCUGUUUGGGCUUUUAGGCUGGGUUUCUGUGUAAAAGCACUUUAUAAAUACAUUUGGCGUUAUAAAUCAAUUUGAUUUGAAAUCAAUGUCAGAAAUUCAAAUGAAUAAUGGAACUAGUUUAACAUAUUUGGGCAGAGAGAGAAGGGGAGAGGCGGUGUUUCAGAGAAGGCGGGUGGUGCUCUUGUAAUUGGAAAAGCUCCGCGAUGUGACAAGACGCUUUGGCGAACACCGCAGAGAUUGAUUGCGUGAGAGGGAUUUGAGUGGGUGCAACCGACCAAGAGAAUCUUCCGGUUACUGUCUUUCUUUCAGGCACACGUACCUUCGCGGUAAAUCGCAUCACAUCUUCUCUUCGUUUAGGCUACUCUCUCUACCCAAUCGGCGAAUUUCACUCGGAUAACUUAUCUCUAAAGGAAAAUACUGUUUAUGGUUUUGACCGAAGAUUUCAAGAUGUCUCGCACCGACGAGGUUCACCGCAUAACGGAGAAUGUGUACAAGUCCAUCAUGGAACAGUUCAACCCCUGCUUGCGGAACUUCGUUGCCAUGGGGAAGAGCUAUGAGAAGGCCCUAUCCAAUGUGACAUUUGCUGCUAAGGGCUACUUUGAUGCCCUGGUGAGGAUGGGAGAGCUAGCCAGUGAGAGCCAGGGAUCCAAGGACAUGGGGGACGUGCUGUUUCAGAUGGCUGAGGUCCACAGACAGAUCCAAGUACAGCUAGAGGAGAUGCUGAAGUCUUUCCACAACGAGCUGCUGUCUGAGCUGGAGAAGAAGGUUGAGCUGGAUGCUCGUUACCUGACGGCUGCGUUGAAGAAGUACCAAGUGGAGCACAAGAGUAAGGGAGAGAGUCUGGAGAAGUGUCAGGCUGAACUGAAGAAACUCCGCAGGAAGAGCCAGGGCAGCAAGAACCCCUCCAAGUACGGAGAGAAGGAGAUGCAGUUUGUGGAGACCAUCAGUAGUAAGCAGAGUGAACUGGACACCUUCAUAGCAGAGGGCUACAAGACUGCUCUGUCUGAGGAGCGCAGGAGGUACUGUUUCCUGGUGGACAGACAGUGUGCUGUGGCCAAGAACAGCAGCGCCUACCACGGCAAGGGUAAAGACCUGCUGACCCAGAAGAUCCCAGUAUGGCAGCAGGCUUGUUCAGACCCCAACAAGCUACCAGAGCGGGCCAUGCUCCUAGCCCAGCAGAUGGGCUCCGGGUCCAGCACGGGCACCGCUUCCCUGACCAUGGGGGGCUCCAGCCCCCUGAACACCUCCAAGUCUAACCUGUCCAACCUGGUCAUCUCUGACCCCAUCCCCGGGGCUCAGCCACUCCCUGUCCCCCCAGAACUGGCUGUCUUCAUGGGUGGUGGGCUGGGACACCAGGCGAGGCUGAUGGGUUCAGAUGGGAUUUCCAUGGUGAACGGUACAACAGGACUCCACGGAGAGGAAGAGUACUGGACAGAGGGGGGGGUGUCAGUCUCCCAGCUCCAAGGAAGACCCUCCUCCCCCCAGGCCCCUUCCCUACCCCAGGGACAGGCCCCCACCCAGAGACAGGUCAGUGAGCACUACUCCAAUACCCUGCCCGUCCGCAGGCCCCAGCCUGCCAAGAACAAGACCUCUGUUGGUGAGACCCGUACCCUGCCCAGGUCUAGCUCCAUGGCAGCGGGGCUGGAGAAGAACGGUCGUGCCCGUGUCCAGGCCAUCUUCUCCCACGCGGCCGGAGACAACAGCACCCUGCUCAGCUUCUCUGAGGGAGACGUCAUCACCCUGCUGGUCCCAGAGGCCCGUGACGGAUGGCACUACGGGGAGAACGAGAAGAACAAGAUGCGUGGCUGGUUCCCCUUCUCUUACACACGUGUGCUACCAGAGAGUGAGAAGGAGAAGCUCCAGGUGAAUCUGCACCAUGGGAAGAGCAGCAGCACUGGGAACCUGCUGGAGAGCGACAUGUCUCUGCCCAUGCCCGACUACGGCCUGACUGCCCGCCUGCUGGCACAGAGCCUGGCACAGAGCAGACCCAGGCCCUACAGCAUGGCAGGCUUUACCACACAGCCUGCCCUUGAGGACUAUGACAGUCGCUUUGCUGCUGCAAGUUUGGGUCCAGAAAUGUCCCGGUUCUGAAAGAACAGGACGUCAUGACAGAGCCCUGGAGAUUUACUUCAGACAACCCAUCAAUGAUGACAGAUCAGCCCCUAUAUUCUACUAGCAGGGGCACUCACAGCACCCCUGUAGGUCCCUGGCCUCUCACCCUCCCCUCACAGCACCCCUGUAGGUCCCUGGCCUCUCACCCUCCCCUGACAGCACCCCUGUAGGUCCCUGGCCUCUCACCCUCCCCUCACAGCACCCCUGUAGGUCUCUGGCCUCUCACCCUCCCCUCACAGCACCCCUGUAGGUCCCUGGCCUCUCACCCUCCCCUCACAGCACCCC